AAUAAGUCAGAAAACAUCUGACUGUCGUGUUUUCUCAUUCAGCUAGACGUCAGUUCAGUCAGCUGUUUGUGUGGUUCAGUUCUAGUGGUUGUGUUGGUUAUUGGUUGGAAAAAUGGCUGCGGGUUGCUGUGGUACCAAAAAACAGAAACUAAACAAUUCGUCGGCGGUGCCGAUCUGUAAUGGUACCACGUCAGCCCCAACCAAUGGACUGAUCAGCAAUGGCAUGGGAAUGGUGGCCAUGCCAGAGAUGUGUUUUUUUUGUUUCGACGUGCUUUAUUGCCAUUUAUACAAUUUGGCGCCUCCGAAGACACCUACAUUCAGCAAUGAUGCAUAUCCAUUAUUCGUGACCUGGAAAAUCGGCAAAGACAAACGUUUGCGUGGCUGCAUCGGAACAUUUAACGCAAUGAAUCUCCAGUCCGGAUUGCGCGAAUACGCAAUCACAAGUGCAUUUAAAGACUCGCGUUUCAGUCCGAUCACUCGCGACGAAUUCGCCAAACUUAGUGUCUCCGUCUCGAUUUUGCGGCACUUUGAGGAUGGCGAAGAUUUCCUAGAUUGGGAGGUUGGAGUCCAUGGGAUCCGCAUCGAGUUCAUUAACGAAAGGGGCAUGAAGCGAACCGCAACUUAUUUGCCGGAAGUUGCUUCCGAACAAGGGUGGGAUCAAAUGCAGACUAUUGACUCCCUCCUGCGAAAAGGCGGGUACAAGUCGACGAUUUCCAGCGACAUGCGGCGCACUAUUAAACUCACUCGCUAUCAGAGCGAACAAAUCACCGUUAGCUAUCAGGACUAUAUGAACUACUGGAACAGCCAGCGCUGCUAGCAGAUAGUUUGGGGGCGUCCGGUCUCUCACGUUGCGCCCUCAACAGUCGAAACUCCCUCCUUUCAUCAUCAGCCAUGUUCAUACGUAAACUCGAUGCCGCCACCCCCAACCUUUGUGGUACUGCAGCCGCCCCUUUCGCCGUUCGGCUCAACGGUGACUCAUCAGUACGUACUGCCCGCCCCCAUGCCGCUUUGGUGGCACGAUCAGUGCCCCCGCAAUCCUUCCUGCCAAUCCCCAGUCGAUUUCACGUCUCCCACCACUCCCGACCCGCCCUACUACCAAGGUGGCCCCCUUUUUCCCAAACACAAGUGACCCAUGCGGUGCCUUAUGCGUUUAUGUUAUUGUUCAAAGUUAUAGCAAAGCCCCCCUCAAAAAGCUCGCGUAGUUUUCCAUUUUGUUUUUAAAUGUUUCCUGCCACGUCCAGAGUAACCCGAAAUUUUAGCUUAGGACCAAAUAAUGUGUUGUGAGUGUUUACUUGUAGAUAUUUUAGGGUUUAAUGCUUUAUUGGCAAGUGUUAUUGCACGGUUCAUCAGUUGGCCAAUUCCAACUGGAACGCAAAACAACGAACAAGCUGGGCUGUUUUGCAGGGGGUUGAACAAUAACAUCCAUAAGGCACAAGAAAUACACUGGUUUAAUCUGCAAGAUUUUAUUACGGGGUGUCUGUCGCUGUUUGGUUUCGCUUCGCGCCAAUUUGCCUCCAAAUUCAAAUUAUUUUCUCGUGAAAGUACUAUUCUCUAGUGGCCCGAUUUAACGAACACCCUGUAUGGACUUUCAAGACAUUUCGCCGGCUUACAUUAAGCAGAAAAAUGUAGCAUAUUUGAAAUCGCUUGCAAACACCGAGAUGAAAUGAAAUGGGGGAUGAAAUGGGAAAUGAGACCCCAUAAAGUCCUUCUAUAACAAAGUGGAGACUAAAGUCUGUUACACUCUUAAUUAACUUAGGGCCUGAUCCAGAUGAUUGCAUUAAUGAAUUAACUGCUAGGUGCCGGUUAGUCACGUAGGUUUUAUCCAGUUAAUGUACAUAAAUAUCCAAGGAGAAUUUCGCACACUAACACAUUCAUGUGGGCAUUCACCUUAAUGUCCAGAAUGCUUGUAAAGGGUGUUAUUUUUAUGGGUUGCCUGCCUUUAGACAGUGGUGAAUAAAAUGUCCGACCAAAUCAAGUGUUAUUUAGCUCACAAUUGGUUGAAUCAUGUGUGAAGUGAACGCUUUUCUUUUACUUAAAAAUCAUCACUGCCAUCUCAUACCACAUAGGGGUAGAUAGAGGUUUGAAACGUUUUUUUUUUUUUUUUUUUU